AUGGCUGAUGUCAACCUCACAUUUGUUACUGAGUUUAUCCUUUUGGGACUGACAGAUCGCCCUGGGCUGAAAGUGUUCCUUUUCAUCUUAUUUCUGGUGAUCUACGUCAUCUCAUUAGUUGGAAAUGUAGGGAUGAUCAUUCUAAUCCAAAUAACUCCCAAGCUCCACACACCCAUGUACUACUUCCUCAGCUGCCUGUCACUCGUUGAUGCCUGCUAUUCUUCAGUGUUUGCUCCAAAAAUGCUGUUGAACUUCUUUGUAAUAAGAGAGACCAUCUCCUUCUCUGCAUGCAUUGUGCAGUAUUUCUUAUUUGUGUCACUACUCACCACUGAGGGCUUUUUGCUUGCAGCCAUGGCUUAUGACCGGUAUGUUGCCAUUGCAAACCCCUUACUUUAUACAGUGGCUAUGACAAAAAUAGUUUGUAUUGUGCUGGUAUUUGGAUCAUGCAUAGGAGGUAUAAUCAAUUCACUGACACACACUAUUGGCUUAGUAAAGCUGUCCUUCUGUGGGCCAAAUGUCAUCAGUCACUUCUUCUGUGACCUUCCCCCGCUGCUGAAGCUGUCCUGUUCGGACACAUCCAUGAAUGAACUGUUGCUGUUAAUCUUCUCUGGCAUUAUCGCCAUGAUCACCUUCUUGACUGUGGUCAUCUCCUACAUCUUCAUUGUUGCCGCCAUCCUGAGGAUCCGCUCAGCAGCAGGCCGACACAGAGCCUUCUCCACCUGCGCCUCGCAUCUAACAGCAGUGACCUUAUUCUAUGGCUCCAUAAGCUUCAGUUACAUUCAGCCGAGCUCUCAGUACUCCUUAGAACAGGAAAAAGUGGUAUCUGUGUUUUAUACUCUGGUGAUUCCCAUGCUAAACCCACUGAUUUACAGCUUACGAAAUAGCGAAGUAAAAGAUGCUGUGAAAAGGGCUAUUGAGAUGAAACAUUUUCCUUGUUAA